AUGUUAAAUACUGAACGACAAUCAAUACGUUCGCCAACUACAUCACAAGUUGAUUCAUAUGGUAAUGGAUCCAUAGCAAGAACAAAUGGUCGUCCUUAUCAACUACGUUCAUCAACUAUUGAUGAACAUGAAAGAGAAGAUAAUGAGUAUGAUCCAACAUUAGACGAUAUCGAUGAACAAGAAAGAACUUAUCGACCACCUCCACGUAAUGAAGAUCCAUAUAUAUCUGCAUUAAAAUUUCGUUUUCCACAUCGACCUAAAAGUGAUUAUGUUUAUUCAAGACCAGCUGGUCCUUCAAAUUCAUCAGUACCACCACCAGCACCACCAGCACCACCGCUUCCAUCUACUACUCAACCAACGGUAACAACAACAACAACACCAAGAACUGGACCUUAUCAAUCAACAUUAAGACCUACUCAUGGUAGUACUAAUGUAUCAGAUGGAUCUGAUGAUAAAACAUUUUCAAGACCAAAUUUACGUCGUGUCAAUCCAGAUCAACAAAAUAGUUAUGCACGACGUAUUGGUAGUGAAAUGACACCACAAACUUCUUCAUCGAAACCAAUAAGCUCAAAUGGUACAAAUGUUCGAAUUACUGAACCAACUAUCGACAUAAAUCAACCUACUAUAUCAACAUAUACACAUCCAUCAGGAAUACCAAGAACACAAGAAAGUACAUUUGAAACAGUUCAUUCACAUGAUGGACCAAUAUCUUAUUUGGGAACUAAUACUUUUUCACAAUUUGAACAAUGUUUACGUGAAUGUUUAGAACGUGAACGACGUCGGACAGGUAUUGCAAGUCAUAUUACACGACAUGAGAUUCCACCAUCCGCACCACCACCCGCACCAUCAUUCGCACCACCACCCGCACCAUCAUUCGCACCACCACCCGUAUCACAACCGAAUACUUCUGUCCAUGAUUAUGGUUAUGAUCCUGUUGUAACAUCAUCAUCAUCAUCAUUACCUCGUCAGGAAUUCUAUCCACGUAGUAGUAGUCCUUAUUUAAGUGAUUAUACUUCAAAAUCUGUUCCAACAUUUUUACUUGAUGAUAUUCGUCAUAUUAAUGUUGCACUUUCUAGAAGUGGUAUUUCACUAUUUCCCUAUGAACGAUGCUGUUUUGAAUCACAUCGUUAUCCAACAUCAGUAUCAUUACCUAGUACAACUAUUCAAAGUAGUUAUCCAACUGAACGACGUAUUAUUGGUGAAGUUGUAUCAGCAUGUCGACUUGUUGAAGAAGAUACACCAUUAUUAUAUAAUGGACAUAGAAAUCAAGCUGUACAAAAUGUUUGGAAUGCAUUACAACGUCAUCAACCAUUUUCACAUAUUAAUUCUUCAAGGUCAAAUGUAUAUCCGAAAGGACCAUAUGAUAUUUAA